UUGACUCCUCGGUCCCCGGCACCAUGUCAAACGUCAGAAACGCAAAUUAUUCUAAAGGAAGAGGUUGUGUGCCAUUCAUUUCGGGCUCUUAAGGGGGGCGCUUCUUUCUCGUCGGGAAGAAGAAAUGACCAACUCUUUUAUGGUUUCAGUGGGAUUUUCUUAGCCUUUUCUUCCUCUAUUCUGCUUCAGUAGAGCUUCGACCAAAGAGGGAUUUAUAACUUCGGGAUUUACUUGAAAACCGUCCGCGGAUAACUCUGUCAGGGAUAAAUCAGACAAUGAUGACUUUUUCGUUUCUCUGCGGGCUGUGCAUAUGGAUAAGUUUAGUCUGUCCUUCGCGGGGAACGGGCUUUGUUUAUCACUUCCCAGGCAUCACUUUGCAGCGCCAGCGGAUCAAAUCGGAACAGAGCGGCGGUACGGGACCGCCGGGUUCUGGAUCCCGAACCCAACUCAGGAACUGGUGUCAGUAUACUGUUUCCAAAACAGUGUCUUGUCAGGUGCACAAUGGGACAGAAACCACAGUGCAGAGAGUGUUUCAGGGCUGCCGAUGGCCCGGACCUUGUACCAAAGUCAUCAGCUACAGGACUGUGAUGAGACCGUCAUUCAAGAUUACCUACAAGCAAGUGACUGCACUGGAGUGGAGAUGCUGCCCAGGAUUUGUGGGAGAAGAAUGUCGUGAAGAGUGCAUGAACUGCACCAGUUUCAAUGACAUGAACAGCAGAAUAAACGCCAUCGAAACAAAGAUCAAACUGUUAGAAGAGGGACGCUCAGUUCUGCCCACAGUCACAAGUUCGCCGGGCUCACCGGACAAUGAGGUGGAUACAUCCCGACCCACUCCACCACCAUACCCCCCACCAGCACCAGGAAACAGAGGGCCUCCAGGGCCAAUGGGACCUGCAGGGCCUCCAGGUCCAGUAGGAAGACCAGGUGCUCCUGGACCUACUGGACCAAAGGGGGAGAGAGGUCUACCAGGAGAGAGAGGUCUACCAGGAGAGAUAGGUCUACCAGGAGAGACAGGUCAACCCGGCCCCCCAGGUCCACCAGGUCCUCCGGGUCUUCGAGACCCAAGUCCUUUUCCUGUCCGAAUCCGGGGUGACAUUUUUCAUGUGGAACAUCAAGAGGAGAACCCCAUCCAUGCCGUUCUCCAAGAUCCACAGGUCAUAGUUGGUCCUCCUGGUCCAGUCGGCCCUGCAGGUGCACCAGGAGAGAGGGGACCUGCAGGGAUACCAGGCCUGCCGGGACAAAAUGGCAUGGAGGGCCUCCCAGGCAAGCCCGGCAAGCCCGGCCCUAAAGGAGAUCCAGGGGUGCGGGGAUUCCCGGGGGCCACGGGUGAGCAGGGCCUACCUGGAGCGCCCGGGCCAAAAGGAGAGCCUGGAGAAGGCUUGAACGAGGGCGAAGCUGUGCAGCAGCUCAGGGAGGCCCUGAAGAUCCUGGCCGAGAGGGUCCUGAUCCUGGAGCACAUGAUUGGCAUUCAUGAAACCUCUGAGGGAUCUGGAUUUGGCAGCAUUUCAGACCUGCUGUCUUUCACGGCCCUCAAGACCAAGCGCCUUCAGCCUGUUCAAACUGCAGCACUGCACGAGAGACAAAGACGAGUUGCCCUUUAAUCGUAUCGCCUGAUUUAGCUACUUUGUUAGUAUUUGUGGAGGAUGUUGCAACUUUUGCAUAACUGGACACAUUUUUUUUCUCCUACCUUUAUUUUGUUAAUGUAUUUUUGUUUAAUGGCCUUCUUUGACACAAAAAGUACUGUUGUAAAAAUGAGGUUCUAUACAGACGUGAAAUGUUGAGCAUUUCUUCCAUAUAAAAGGCUUUUUUUUCUCAAGCCUUUUUCACGCUGUUGCUGCAUGAUCAUAGUCUGCAUAACCUCAGCAGAAGCACUUACAUGUUGUUAUACGAUGAAAUAUCAUCUCAUAAAAUAUUAUGAGGCUUUUGGCAUCUUUCUUUCCUCAGAUAAAAGACUGCCUAGUAAAGGCAUCAAUUCCCUUGGCUGAGGUUGCAAAGCUCAGAGCUGGACUGAAAAUAUACUAUUAAGUGUCAAACAUGUUCUUGGAAUGACCUCGAGGUUCAUCUUCUGUGCCUGUCCAACAUAUUUCUUACCCUCCUUUCUUUCGGUCUCUCCGCUGCUCUGCCUUGUUAAUACUGAGGUAAGACAUGACAAGCUGCCAAGAAUAUCUGCUUAAAAUAAUGCUAGGUGAAAUGAGUAACAUCUGGAGGGGUCACAUCUGGAAAGCAAAAGGAAGAGAUGCUGGAACCGGUGAAUUUUAGCCUGGAAACAACAACCUCUGCCUGGCCUCAGUGCUCCUUCAUGCAAAUGCUGACAGGGGACUAUACUUGUCGGGAUUGCACUGACUUCUCCGUAAACUGCCUUUGAGAUUUCUUUCUAAACUGAUAUGAUUAUUGUAUAACAAGUCUCCGAGAGACCCAGAUGUUGGUUUCUGAAUAAAACUCCUGCCUUGUCUGGUAUUUGCUUUCUAGAUUACGAGCUCCUUAUGUGAGAGGCAUUUUUGGAAAUAUGCCUAUGCACUUUCAUGCCAAGAACUAGAGUCAUAAUCAAUACCCCUCUCAUUUCUGUAGGUAAAUAUUAAACAGCUUUACCAAGGUUGAAAAAAAUAGCACAGCUGGGGAUAACGGUGCUGUACUCACAAUGUGUCAUUUAUUUAGUUUACCUCAGGUUGAGAUUUUAGGAAUUUCUGACAGCCGCAAUUAUUUUCCAUCUAGUAAGGAACAAGCUGCUGCUCUGUCAUCUGCUGACAUCUUAAUAAAAUCUUUCUAUUAACACCAGUGAAUUAACUUUUUGUAAAGUCUAUAGUUUCACUUGUGAGCAGGCUGUGAAAAACAUGUAACACAACAAAAGGGUCUAACAACCCUCAGUUUUUCCUGUUCUUCUGAAUAUAUCUUCUUCAUAAGGGCUUUUUUAAUCACAACAUUGCAUUUUUACACUUUGGUUUCCUACAGAUUAAACACAAUAUAACAUGUUAAUAUUAAUGUUUAUAUAACAUGUAAAUUUCAGGUGCUGCUUGGUGGAUUUGCUCAUAGUUUUUGUGCUAAACAAACUGUUUCUUAGUGUAGCUUUAUUAAAGAAGAAGGAUGGGGCUUCAGUGCUCACAGACACAGCUGUGUACCUGAGGUAAUUAUACAGGUAAAUUAUACAGAUCCAAGAGUAGGACCUUUGACAUCAUGCAGAUCCAAGAGUAUAAAAAAACUGGUCUGAAAAUGAGUUUUCAGUGUAGUCUGAAACCUAUGCUCUGGCUCAGGGAUUACUUGUACAUACAUUGACCUCAUUAUUUGAAACUUUAAUAUGAUUUUAAAUGAGCACCCACUAUUCUAACAUUAUUGUAACAAGACUAUAUAUGUAUGAUACAAAAGGAAAAACAUCAAAGGUCCAGUUAAAGUUAAGCUACAACUUCCAGUGCUGAUAAAUAAAAACAAUAUGGAAGUGCUGAUAGCAGCACAGUCCAAUGGCCACUUGAGGCUGGAUCCCAAAGUGAGUUAAGCCUGAUUACAGUCACCUCAUUGGUUGUCACAUUAACUUGUCUGUCAUUUUGGACAAAUGACAAUCAUAGUGACAAUGUAGGGUCAAGUAACAGUUGCUGAAUGGUUGCUAAAGUCCUGACAGCCUAGAGACCAGUCAGUGACCCACCCUGUCAACCACCAGUCGCUAAGGAAAAUUGUGUGUUCUCCAAGUAGUUGGCAGAAACUUCCUUGGUUGCCAGCGGCUUGGCUGUAGUUUGUGGUAGUGAACUUGUUAAAAAUGCAACACAAACUGGGAAAGUAAAGUUAGACCUUUUUGAAAAGUGUUGGCUGCAGUGCUGAGGCAUUACUUUUAUUUUGAAGUUUUUCAAAUUGUACUACCACUUGACUAGUAGCUAGUGAUGGUUUGCAGCCAAGUUGGCAUUUUCCUUUGUGACGGCGGUAAUUUGCUAGCAACCAAAGCAUCAUAAAGCUACUGUGUAUGUCUUUUAUAUAUAGUCUAUGCUAUUAUUGUUCAGACAUGAGAACAUGUUUCAUCUCCUUGUAUGACUUUUGGCAAGGAAGCAAAUAACAACAUCCA